CUUAGUACUUAGCACCACCAUCGCAUCAUCAGUUCACCCACAAGCCAAGCACUACACACCGAGGUGAACACCACUUGAGAGAGACAAAAGUUUCUCUGAACUUUCAGCCAAGAAAUUAAGGAGGAGAAGCAAGCAACCAUGGUUAGUGCCAAGAGGCUUGCUCAGAUGGCAAAGAAGUGGCAGAAGAUGGCAGCCAUGGGGAGGAAGAGGCUCACGCGAACUACGUCUACAAGAGCAGCCGAUGAGUGCUGCACGACGUCAUCGGUGGCGGUGAAGGGCCACUGCGUCGUGUACACCGCCGACGGGUGUCGGUUCGAGGUGCCGCUACGGUACCUCGGCACGGCCGUCUUUGGCGAGCUCCUGAGGAUGGCUCAGGAGGAGUUUGGGUUCGCAGGCGGCGACGAUGGCCGGAUCACGCUGCCCUGCGACGCCGCUGUCGUGGAGUACGCCAUGUGCUUGCUCGGGAAAGAUGCCUCCGCGGAAGUCAUGAAGGCGUUCCUGAGCUCUGUCGCGAGGCCCUGCAGCUUUGACGGAUGUGUUGCGGCGCCAUGUGUAGGGCUUAACCAGUAUGCAGCCGUUUGUUAGCUUCAGAAGAACGACGGCUGCUAGUAUUCUUGUUGUAGCCACCGUUUUUUUUUUUCGAUGCGAAGUGUAAAUAUGUAGUAUGUUGGUCUCCUUUCCAUUAAUUGCUCAACGGAAAUACUCCUUCCGAAGUCA